AUGAUAGAAUACGUACCAGCCAUCCGAGACUCCCCGUCUCUCACCCUGCGAGCCGUGUACUCUCGAUCCGAGAAGACAGCCACCGCCGUCUCGGCCGAGGUCGUGCCCAGGCCAGACAUCUACUAUGACAGCCCCGACAAGGAGAACUCCUCGCUCGACCAUCUCUUGUCCCGCGCUGACAUAUCGGCCGUCAUCAUCUGUCUCCCGAUCCCCGUGCAGGCGGGCAUCGUCCGCCGCGCCCUGGCGGCAGGCAAGCACGUCCUCAGCGAGAAGCCCAUUGCGCGCGACGUCGCGACGGCGAGCGCCCUCCUUGCCUGGCACGUGAGCCGGCCGGGCGCGCCCGUUUGGGCCGUUGCCGAGAACUUCCGCUUCAACGAGAGCCUGCAGUACGCCGCCGCCAGGCUGCGCGACAUCGGGGGGCGGCUGGUGACGUUUCGGCUGGCCUUUUACACGUGUGUUCAGAAGGACAACAAGUACUACCAGACUGAAUGGCGCCAAACUCCGGAUUUCCAGGGCGGCUUCCUCCUCGACGGGGCCGUGCAUUUCAUUGCCUCGCUUCGGCUUUUGCUGUGCGCGACGGGAGACACGAUCAACAGGGUCAUGGCAGCUUCUGCGCUCCUCCAGGAGCACCUCGUCCCCGUGGAUACAAUCCAUGCCGUCGCCUUGACAGAAUCCGGCCGAAGCGGCACCAUCAGCCUCUCUUAUGGCAUAGAGCCCAGGUCUGACCUCGAGAUCGUCAUUAUUACAACAAGGGGCUCCGUCACCUGGACGCCGGUGAAAAUUCAAGUAACCGAUGCAACAGGCCUGGUGAACGAGGUCAAGGAAUUCAUCUACGACAAUGCCGUGAGGGCCGAAAUUGAGGCCUUUUGUAGGAGCCUGCCAGGUGGAGUGUCUGAUCAGCUGCAAACACCCUUAGAGGCAUUGGGAGAUCUGAAGGUUCUGCAAGCUCUUCUCGAGUCCGGAGAAGAUGGUGGAACACCUAGAGACAUCAAAAGCUAA